AUGAGUGAGAUUAACUCUAUGAAAGCCCAAAUCCAAAAGUAUUUAGUAGAAUCUGGCAAUUAUGAAUUAAUCUCGAAACAACUAACUGAAAGCCUUUUACGAGAAGGUUGGAUAGACAAGGUUAAAACGCUGACAAAGGAAGAAUUACAAGAAAACAAGUCAUUAAAUUAUACCGAACUUCUGUCUAAGAUCGAACCAAAAGCGUUAGAUAUGGUAUCUGAUUCAACCAAAACGCAAGCUCUUCAGAAAAUUAAAGUUUUUCUGGACCAAGUGGUAGAUACUGAAUAA